AUGACGGCAGGUGCCCACCCCCAAUAUCAUUUUCUGAUGGCCCCUAUGCCGUACUAUCCAUAUCCGCGUGUCACCGCAACUCAGUAUCAGCAACCACCAUGUCAGUAUCAACCACAUAAAGGUAAUCAACAAUCAGCUCCUGCUCAGAGAAAUCAGAACCAGCAGUACAACCGUGACAACAAAGGACAAGGUCGAGGUCAGAAUAAUAGGAACAAUUUUGGUAACCAUCCCCAGAUUGACAAGAUUCCGAUACCGUAUGUAGAACUGGUGCCAUAUUUGAUCCACUUAGGGGCUAUUGUACCAAGGGAACUCCCAGCAGCCUCUCUUCCCUUUCAUCACAAUCAUAAUCCUAAUGCCUCAUGCGCCUUUCAUGCAGGGUAUAUAGGACACUCCAUAGAGGACUACUGGGCUCUCAAGAAGAGGAUUCAAGAGUUAAUUGAUCAAGAAAUAUUGUCCUUCUCCGAGGAAAACCCCAAUGUGAAGACGAAUCCCCUGCCAAAUCAUGGUGGUUCAGCAGUCAACGUUGUAGUCGAAGAGGAAACAACUGAAUCCAUACUGAAAGUCGACGAUGUAAAAACUCUGAUGUCAUUUGUGUUGAAGAGACUUGAGCAGUUCGGGUUUCUAGCAGGUAUACAUGACGAUUGCGCAGUAUGCGAGUAUGAUCCAGACAAUUGCGACGAGUUAAGGGGUUGUAUACAAGAGUUGAUGGAUCAAGGUUUGAUACAGUUCUCCAAGUCCAACGCAGUAGAGGAAGUUGCGAACACCAAGGCAAUACCUUGGAAUUAUGUGACAACCGCGUAUUUGGGUAGAAAAGAAUUUCGUAUUCCUAACACUGAAAUCGUCAACAUCGCUGGAGCAGGAGGCAUGACUAGAAGUGGCCGUGUAUUCUCUCCAAAAUACACUCCCAGGGUGUCUCCAUCACCCACAAUUACCCCGCCUAAAGAGAAGGUCAUUUGUACUCCGACUCCGCAGGCAGGGGCAACUGUACCUGCCACUCCGAUCAUGACAACUGUUCCAGUGCCGACGAAUGUUAUUGACAACAAAGUUGCAGAAUCAGAAGUGUCUAAAGCUAAAGGGCUGAUGGUUGAGAAUGAGCAAGUUGAAGAUCAUAAGAAGAGCAUCACUUUUGAGGAAAGCCAAGAAUUCCUCAAAUUGAUCAAGAAGAGUAACUUCAAAAUCGUCGACCAAUUAAACCAGACUCCCUCCAAAAUAUCCAUUUUGUCUUUGCUGUUGAGUUUUGAGGCUCACCACAAAGAGUUGCUGAAGGUUUGGAAUCUCACUCAUGUGAUGCAAGAUAUCACAGUUGAUUAG